UGUCAUCACCACACACAUUGUUGGUCGUACACGUCUGACCGUCUGUAUAUUGAGUCACGUCUAGAAAUAAACACUUGUAGAAGAGAUCAUCACGAGCAAAUAUCAUCCAACAUGUUCCGUUUCGGCAGAGGACAGUUUGAUAUGGGGAGCAAAUUUAAGGAGACAUACAGAUGUUAUUCUGUGUCAAUGAUGGGUGAUCGAGAUGAUGUGGAGAGAGGAGGCAAAAUUAUAAUGCCACCAUCUGCUUUGGACAAAUUGACUCGCCUCCACAUACAAUACCCCAUGUUGUUUAAGCUCAGCAACAAGGACAUGGCUAGGGAGACACAUUGUGGUGUACUAGAGUUUGUUGCAGAUGAAGGCAGGAUUUUCAUACCGUACUGGAUGAUGAAGAACUUGAUACUGACAGAAGGAGACCUGGUGACAGUUGAAAAUAUGUCCCUCAAAGUCGCCACGUUUGCACGUUUCCAACCUCAGAGUGUGGACUUCCUGGAUAUCACCAAUCCAAAAGCUGUCUUGGAGAACAUGUUGAGAAGUUUUGCUUGUUUGUCAACAGAUGACAUAAUCUCCAUUAAAUACAAUGAAAGGGAAUAUGAGAUGCUGGUAUUGGAGACAAAGCCUGAUAAAGCAGUAUCUAUCAUUGAGUGUGAUAUGAACGUAGACUUUGCACCACCUGUAGGCUACAAGGAGCCAACACCAAUGAGAAAGCAGGAGGAAGAGGAUAUAGAAACAGAUAAUGCUAUGGAUGUUGCUGACUGUAUGGAUAAUGCAUUUAGGGCAUUUAGUGGUUCUGGUAACAGACUGGAUGGUAAGAAGAAGGGAAUGGAAACUGACAACCAUAUCAACUCUACAGGACCUCCAAAAAGGGGAAUACCCAACUACAACUACAAGAAAGGAUCUCUCAGCUUUAUACGAACACAGCGACAGAUACCAACAGAGGGUGAUGAUGACAAAGAUGGGAAAGGAUUUGAGGCAUUUUCUGGAUCAGGACAAGCUUUGCGCAAAAAGGGACGAAAGUGAUAUAUGGACGAGGGGCUAUAUUAACCGUGACAUGUGAUUAUUAACUCCUUAGACACACAGGAACUCAUUCCCAAUAGAAAACACAGGCAUUUAGACAAAAUCAAGACUUGGGUUCCAAAUGGAUUGAAGUUUGCUAAAGAAGAGUUUGAUUCAGAUAUGCAUCGUUCAUAUACUAGUAGUAGGAAGCCUUAUGAUAAUAGAAAAGCCGGGAAAAUGAUUGUGCCAAUUGAUUCUGUUGUUUGGAGCUAAAGGUUUUAGACAUUAACAUUAUGCAGUGCUGUAGAGAAAGUAAGCUAUGUUUGCACAAAACUAUGAAUGCGGUAAAUGGAUGAAACUGGUGUGGUUAUAUUUUGUAUUAUUGAUAUGUUUACAAUGCUUUAGGAUCUCACCAUAAAUCUAGACAACACAACUUCAACCUACAGUGUACAUGUGUGUAAAUGUGACGGACUAUGAGGUGUGCAUGAUACAAGUGGAAUUACCUUCACUGACAUACAUAUCUCAAAUUCCUGAAAUUUGUUUGAUGUUAACAAUGUGGUAACAGUUCUGAUUUACAUAAAUAUGUAUUUUAUGUUUUGAUAUUGUUACCAAUAUUCUUGAUGUGUCAGUUUGGCUCAGUGAUGUUAUAACCUAGAUAAUAUCUUACAUCCUUCAAUACUAGGUAAACAAAUCUAUAUAUAUGACAUGAUAUACUUUAUUCCACAACUGAGUAGCAAUUAAGAAAACUUAGAUUAAUAAUUUACUUAUUGAGAAAGUGUCCAGUUCUGUAGACUUUUGUAGUAAUUCUAUGUGAGAGUGAAAGUGAAUGGUGUGUGUUAUCAGCCGAGAAGUGCUGAGGGAAUCAACCUCAUUUAUUUAUUAUAUCAACACUGUCAAGUGUGUUUUAACUUUGUAAUAAAGCAGUAAAGUGAAACUUA